GAGUGUGUGGUCUGUGUGUCGGUAACAGGAAAAGUGGAUGUGUUCAUUUCCCCUUCAUGUAGCUGAAAUACUUAAAAUGUCUUAAAUGAAAUGAAAUACUUAAAAUGUCUUAAAUAUAAAAUUUUCUGACUUUAUAACGUCUAUAUCCUAUAUUAAAUUAAUUAAGUACAUAAUCCUAUACAUUUCGUAAUCAUCGUUUCAAGAUCUAUAGGAUGAAGGCAAUGAGUACAAAUAUUUUUUUAUUGGCGACUUUGCUGACGUCAGCAAAUUCUCAUUACCCAUUCAUCAAAAGCACGUGAUUAUAUACAUUUUCUCUGUCAGCGCUUUAAGCUCCACACAAUAGAGGCAACGUGAAAACAAGGUUCUAAUUUUUUUUUUAAAUGGGUUGCUGAUGUCAUCAAAAUUCAAAUGGCGCUUUUUUCCAUUUUUAUCCUGCAUCAGUGGAUUUCUCCACGGAACUUAUUGACUAACGACUAGCGAUUAAAUAAUUCCCACAAGAGCCGCAAGCAUAUCAAACUGUUGUGUGAUUUUUUUUCAAUUCUAUGGAACUGCUGUUGUGGCUUUGCUAAAAAAACGCGUAAAGUGUAAACAUACCCUACAUGUUACCUAGACAACUAGUUAAUCUUUUUUUAAAUACUUUCUCUUUGUCACCGUCGACAUAAGGUUUUUUGAACGCGCAUAGCUUAAUUAAUUUGGCUUGCUUUGGUUUUGAUGAAAGAUGUGCACGCGCCUAGAAACAGAAGACUCUUUGGUCAGAACAGAAUUUACAGCUAAUUUAAUGCUACGAACUCAGAUAUUUAAAGCUCAAUUUGAAGUGGACAGGGAGCGUGAUUGCUUUACUUAUUUAGAUGACGAUCUUCCUAUAAGUCAUACCUUGUUUCCUAUUAUAACUAAAGCUGUAAAAACUGGAAGCCGAGCAGAACGCGUUUACCUGUCUCAGUCAGAUGUGGAUUACAUUUACGAAAUCGGACCACUGAAAGUAUAUAGCGUUAUUGAUCCCUUGCAAAGAAAGAAGUUUACUUAUAAAAAAACAGAUCGUGCAGGUUUUUACCAAAUUAUAGACAAACAUGGAUGUGUGUUGUAUCCAAAGGUUAUGCAAGUAAAACUAGCUCCAAUGCUAGGAUCAACCGCGCCAGAAUUUGAUAGUACAUUUAAACAGAUUGCAAUGGAGGAAAAAACGAAAGCAGCAUUGCCAAAAGGUCAAAAGAAGGAAGAUACGGUUAUUGCAAUGGUCAUUGGCGAAUGGCCACAUGAAAUUUGGAAAGAGUUUGCUGGUAGAAACCAUCUUUGGUGUAAAGACAUUUUAGCAGAAAUAAAAAAAUGCAAACUUUACUUGGUCCCAAAAGCUCACCCGAAAAGUAAACAUCCCAGCGUGGAAUGGAGAAUUUCGUUUUCUGCACCUGAGCAAGUUCUUAUGCUUCAUUUAAAUGAUCUACAUCGCAAGGUUUAUUUGCUUUGCAAAUCGCUUUGCAUUAAUUGUUUCACUGAAGAAGAAAUUCAAAGUUUUGCUUUGAAAACAACCUUUUUAUGGCGACUAGAUGAAGCAAGUGAAGAAGAGUUAAACGCAAGCGAAUAUAAUUUAUACUAUCUUAUGAAAAGCGUUUUUGAAAAGCUCUUGGAAUUUUGCAAGAAAAAGUUAUUACCAAAUUAUUUCUUACCUGAAUCGAAUGUAUUUUGUGACGUGGAAGAUAAAGUCAUGGAGACAACAACCUUUAAGAUUAAUGAAAUCAUCAACAACUUAAACAAAUUUAUUAUAGAAUGUUUCAAGCCUUUUGAAGUUUUGAAUAGAAAUUUGCUAAACAUUUUAUGCAUGGUUAAUUGGCACAACUCCUUAGAUAUAUCAUCUUAUGCAAUGGAAAAGAAUAACUCCGAAAAUGAUUUUAAAAUAUUAAUGUUAAAUAAUGAGCAGUUAAAUGAUAGUUAUCGCCAUGGUUUGGUUACUUAUGAGCUGUAUAAUAUCCUGUUGUUUUUCUGUUGCUGUGUAAGGAAAGAUGGCUUCAUGCAUACUCCAGUCACGGAAAAACAAAAGGGUUUGAAACAAAUUUUGGUACUGUUGAGUCAAUUUUUAAAGGAUACCUCAGUUGGCAACGUGUUUUUUGACAAUGAUCUGAUUUUAAAUUUUGUUAAUUUUUUUCACGCAUUACACAAAUUAAAGAAAGCUCUAAAAAUUAUACCUAUUACAAGCGAUGUAAGCAAGAACAAGUCUUGGUCAACAAAUUUUUUAGAGGGUUUUUCACCUGAACCUUGUGAAGUAUCCCUGUUAGAGACGAGCCAGGAAAACGAGAGUUACAAUGAUUUUGUCAUUAGACAACGGAGGAAAAUAAUUAAUUAUUUACUUUGUGCAUAUGAAGUAAAUAGGUUUCAUUUGGAUUUUUUGCCAGUUGUUGCUUAUUUCAAAGAGGCAUGUGGUAACGCAAUCACUUGUUAUGAAAAUCACAUCCUGUGGGGAAAACGUUUUCUUACAGACUACAGGGAGAGGUUUUUGGCAUUGAACAUUGAUUUUCCAUUUACUCCAUUGACCGUCAUACUUCUAUAUAUACAAAUGAGUGAAGAAUCUAAAAAGGAUUCGUUAAUUAGCGGUAAUAAAAUGUUUUUAUUGCCAGCUGCUGAUGGAUCACUUGAAUUGUUUCCCAAAUAUUGCUAACUUGGCGUUGAACAGAAAAUUAGAAAUCGUGGAUGAUUAUUCCCUUUUAAUGACCGUUGAAUGAAGUGGGUGAGCAUUCUGAACUCACAAGGAACCGUUUUUCAACUAACGAUAUGAAUUAAGUGGUUGUUUUUAUGCGUGUAACUGACUUAAACACGACGCUCGCUAUAGGAUAUAGUUACUCCACUGAUGAUUGUAUUUGAACAGACUGUUUUUUGUGUUUUUAUCUGAGUCUAAAUAACUAGAGAAAUCUAUGUUUUCAAAAUUCAUAAUUGAUUAUAAACUAUUGCAACUUAUAUUUACAAUUUUUUACAAUUUUUUUUAUAAUUUAUAAGGAUAUAGAAACAGUAAUAAAUAGAUAAAUAAUUAACACCCUUUCCACUCUCUCCCUUAAGACAAAAAUAUGAUUCUAAUUAAUUCUUAUGAGCCUAAAUUCUACUUGACUGACGUGGUUUUUAGGAGAGUUAAUUUAAAAUAACAAAAAUGGGAAUGCAUGGGGAAGAAUUGAACCAUCUACUUUAGCUAAGCAAGUUGCAUGGACUACACCGUCUCUAAUGACCCACGUGAAAAAAAAAACUACUUACCAUGUAUUUAACCUCAAAAAUUCAAUGUGAUGGCUUCAUUGAUUCUAAUAAAUGCCUAAACUUCUUGCAAGCCGUUAUCAUUAGCGAUUAAGUUAGUACCUAACUUAAUCGCUAAUGAUAACGGCUUUUCCGAGUGUAUCAGAACCCUAUCUACAAUCACCCACAUAAAUAUCGAGACUUUUCGAUUUUUGACAAAAAAAAAUUCACAAACUCGCACCACAAGUCUUCUCAAACUCGACGUACUGCCUCCAGGCUCACGGAACUUCAGCUUUGGCUUCGACUUAAGAUAACUGACAAAUAACUGACAAUAAAUAAGGGCAUUUUAGACUUUCUUUUGGACAAAAAAAAGGUGCUGUUAUUUGUCGCUUUUGCCCGUCCAGCCCGGGGCUUCACCCGGACAAGUGUUUUGAACUGUAUCAUACUGUUUUGGACUACUCGAAGGAUUAACCUUGUUGUGGAAAGAUAUUUAUAUGUCAUAUCAUACUUUUUUACACUUGGUUUUUACUCUUUACUUAUUACAUAACAUGUUUUAUGUGUUAGCGCUAGCAUAGAAACCGGACUUCUGAGCUAAAGAAUGAGUCAAAGAAGUCUAAAAGGAUAAUGUCAACUGUCUAAAAUUGUUUUAACAGAUUAUAAAAACAUCAAUACGUUUUGUGUUCGAGUUAAAUUGUUUCAUCCUUAUCACGCAUCACGCUUUCCCUUUGUUACAGUCAAUCUGACCGUUUCCAUGGAACAGCUAAAAAUCUUUGACAUGUGCGGAACAGCUUUAACUAUUGUCAUCUAGUCUAGACUAGUCAUAUGCAGUCAUAUGCAGUCAUAUGCAGCUGUAUUAUAUUUAAAUAUGCUUUCUAAGGCAUAAUUAUUUUUUUUAAAAAUCAAAAAAACAAAAA